AUGCGAAGGUUGGAAGCAAAUAUCUUUACAGCGCUAACGAAAUUGAAUUGUCUGAAUUUAAGCCGUAAUGAGAUUGAGGAAUUGCCCGCAAGUCUAUUUGCAAAUCAGCAUCAACUUUUAAUACUGGAUCUGAGUCACAAUUUAUUGACAUAUUUAACGACACAACUUUUCGAUCAAACUCCUUGGCUAUGGCAGUUGAAACUUGGUGGCAAUCUCUUGCACGACACUACAAAUCUUAUGGAAAAUCUAAAACCGCUUCAUUAUCUACAUAGGUUAGACAUAAGCCAGAACCAACUAAAAACUAUUUGGAGCAACGAGACUUCCGUCAAUACAACGCGUAGGUUUCUGAAAAUAUUUCGAUACAGCUAUACGAGCAACGAUUUGGCUUUAGCGGACGGUCUUAAUUAUAUCUCAACGUUGCAACCAGAAAAUUACGAGGGUGGGAAGCUUAACUUAACAGUAAUCAACUUAAGUGGCAAUCGUUUGCGCGACUUCACUUUGGAUUGGCUUGUGGCAGCAGACAUUACAUGCCCGUUUGAAAUAAACCUAGAGCACAAUUUGAUUAAAAACAUAUUUGCUUUACAAAAUUUCUUCAGUACAACUGACGAUUGUGUACGCGAAAUCAAAAUGGCUGGAAAUCCGGUCGAGUGCGAUUGUAAAUUUGCUUGGAUUUACAGUGAAAAUUAUCGUUCGCUCUUUAAUGGUUUGCAGUGCGUUCAGAGGUCAACCAAACUAAAAACAGAUUUCACGCAGCUGGAACGUAAUGAACUGUGUGCUUGGAAACCAAUAAUGUGCCCCAGCAAAUGCAACUGUUACGCACAAUCUGAAUUCCUGUACAUCAAUUGCAAGGGUGCGCAACAUAUCGAACAGCUCCCACGUCCCGAGCAAGUUGGACUGAAUAGCUCGGUACUCGAUAUUAGCGAUAAUAAUUUCAUUGUAUUGCUGCUAAACACCACCUUCGGCUAUGGUAACGUUUCGCAACUCAACGAGUCGUACAAUAAAAUUACGAACAUUAGUCUCGCUCAACUGCCAACCAAUUUGACGGUUUUGGAUCUACGAAAUAAUCGCUUAAAAUCUUUAAGUAAUGAAUUUUUGCGUACAUAUCUCAAUGUCAGCACAAAACUACAAUUUCUCUAUCUCAGUGAAAAUCCUUGGUUUUGCGACUGUACCACGCAGCAAUUGCUUUACACCAUACGUACACAUCGGGCACGCAUACCCGAUGCUGACUCGUUACUCUGUUAUAAUCACCAGAGUUUUACACUCCUAACAGCAAAUCUGACAGAAUUAUGUCCAACUCCCGUUAAUGUUAAAUAUUAUGAGAACGUGAAUGUUACUGUGAUUUCUGUAGCGUUAACCAUAAUUAUUUUUCUUUGUAUUAUCGCACUCUUCUAUAAAUAUAAACUGGAAUUGAAAGUCUGGUUAUAUAAUCACAACAUAUUCAGAUUUUGGAUUCAUGAAUGUGAACUGGAUAAGCAUAAAAGAUUCGAUGCGUUUAUUUCAUAUGCACAUCAGGAUGCAGACUUCGUCAACCAUACAUUACUGCCGCAACUCGAACAGUGCGAACCACCAUUUCGUGUAUGCACGCACGAACGCAAUUGGUUGGCUGGCGCUUAUAUACCUGAACAAAUCAUCGAAUCGGUGGAGCAGUCACGUCGGACGAUCAUUGUGCUCUCACAGCAUUUCAUCGAGUCGGAUUGGUCGCGCAUGGAGUUUCGAACAGCGCAUCAGUGCUCGUUGAACGAGGGUCGUGCGCGCAUAAUAAUGAUUAAAUAUGGGGAAAUCUCGAACAGUCAGUUAUUGGACAGAGAACUAAAGGCAUAUUUGGAUAUGAAUACAUAUCUGGAUUGGCAAGAUGAUAGAUUUUGGAACAAAUUACGCUACGCCAUGCCCCAUAAAUUGGGUGGAGAGAAGAACUCCGAUAUGCUUGAAGUUAAUGGUAGAAUGUAUGUUAUGGGACAAGUUGAGAUAAAUCGUUUGCGUGACGAGAAUAUUUAAAAUUGGAAUAAGGUAUGAUUUAUCGUUAAUAUACAUAUUUCUUUUGAAAAUACAAAUAUGUUGUAUUUACUAAUUUUAGACGAUAAAACAUCCACUUUCUUCUGUGAAACGAAAAAUCAU